AUGAAGGCCAGCUCCGGAGCAUUGCUCGCCGUCAUGGCGGUGGCGGCGUUGGCCACGACGGCGCUGGCGAUCGACUACACGGUCGACGACUCCCUCGGCUGGGACACGUACGUCGACUACGAGAAGUGGAUCGCCGACAAAGUCUUCAUGGUCGGCGACACCAUAACGUUCAAGUACGAGCCGUACCACAACGUGCUGGAGGUGACGGAGGCGGACUACGGCAGCUGCGCCACGGGCAGCCCCAUCUCCACCCACUCCGGCGGCAAGACCACCUUCGAGCUCGGCGAGACCGGCACCCGCUACUUCAUCUGCGGCAUCCCCCGCCACUGCACCAACGGCACAAUGCACCUCAAGAUCAGCACCGUGCCGUACGACGCCGCCACCGCCGCCAAGAUGGAAGAAGCAGCGGCCGCAGCCGCCCCUUCUCCGGCCUCGCUCCCCUCCCCUCCCGCUGACACCUACGCCGACGCCAAGGCCGCGCCGGCGGGCGCCCCGACCACCUCCACGCCCGCGGCCGCGUCUGCGUCCGCGCCGCGGUAUCAGCAGCCGGCGGCGGCCUUGGCCGGGCUUGCGAUCGCUGCUCUUGUGGCCAUUGCCGCGUAA